AUGCAAACUUUUGAUGAUAUUACAUUCAAUGGUAAUUUAUAUACAACUAGGAGCUCUUUGGCACUUCUACUUUACGAACAAAAUGGAGUAGCUAUGGCUAUUCCAUUGCCUAAUGCUAAUCUAAUGUCUUUUAUUCGGGUUUUUGGUAAUGCCAGACAAUGUCGAGAUCAUAUCGAGACAAAUCGAAACCGUCGAAAAAUGAUCACACUCUUUGCUUAUGAUAAAAAUAUGCAAGAAUGGUUGGGAAAUAAUGAUGCAGAUAUACCACCUAAUCUUCAAGAAAUAAAAAUUUUCUGCGGAGCUGAUGAUCAGCCAUUUGUCGCUAGAUGGGCAAGACGUCACAUCCGACGAUUCCAAAACGCUACAUUCGAAAUAAUUAGUUGUGAUAGACUCAAUCAUGAAUUACUAUUAUUUGGUGUUAACUUCUUACGAAAACUGCAUUCAGAUUUUCGACCUCGUUCACGCUUACAAAGGCGUUCGUACCAUAAUUACAAAAAAAUUUGUCAUGCUUUAGCCAAUUAUUUCUGGCAUGAAGCUAAUAACGAGAAUGUUUGAACUAACAUUGAUAGACAAUAUGUAGAAGCAGAUAAUUAGUUUAAUAUAGUUUUUUCUCCAUUGUGACCUAGUAUAUUUGCAUUGAAUAGAAGUGGCUCUUAUAAAGCCAGCUUAGAACGGCAAGUAGGGAAAAUAAAACAAGUAUACCAUGAAUAUACUAACGAGGGAACAUUCGCAAGUGUCACAUCGCUUUUAAGUCGACCAUACGCGCACUAUGUAUAUCCUAACGAUCUAUGAAUUCUCUGAAAAAAGCUCGUGUCGCUAGCUUAUUAUUGCUGAGAUACUGCCUUUGUACGGUAUGUUUAAGAAAAAGAGCUGUGGCCCGCUUCAGGUACACUUGAAAAACUGAAUUUCGAGGGUGUGGGUGGGUCUGGGUGUGGGUGUGGGUGUGGGUGUGAUGUGGGU